GCCGCAAUGUCUAAAAACACGGUGAAGAAGCUGCACUGGCGCUCAAAGGUGCAGGAGGGCUUCGUGCCGUUAAGUGGAAGCUCCGGUGAGCUGGGACUGGCCAUCGGGGGCGGCGCUGACUAUGGAGAAUUCCCAUUUGUGACAGUGGCACCCGGGGGCGGGGCCACCGUAGGAGACAUCAUCUUGGAGAUAGGUGGCACGCCCGUGCUGGGCAUGACGCUGGGAGACGUUCGAGGCGUCCUCAACUCCUGUCCUCAUCCAAUUAGGAUCAAGACCGUCUCACCAGGUGCAUCUCUGUGUAAAGACCUCCGCUUAUACCUCAGUAAGUGUUUCACACCAACCUCCAUGGACAGUCAGCUGCAGCAGCUCAUCCGAGAGAACCUUUAUCUGCGUGCCGUGCCCUGUACAACCCGGCAGCCUCGCGAUGGGGAGAUCAGCGGUGUCGACUACAACUUUGUGUCCAUAGAGGAGUUCUUCUCCCUGGAGGAGUCGGGGGCGCUGUUGGAAAGCGGAAAGUUCAAAGGCAACUAUUAUGGGACGCCCCGCCCAGUCCACAUAGGUCCAGACAGUCCACCAAUCACAUACCAGGAACAUCGAAACCUACUGAGGAACUUCAGGACCAGAAGCAAAUCCCUUAGCAACCUGGAAAAAACUGUAGAAGAAGACAACAGCGAAGAGGACAGUGGCCUGUCUGGAGGAUCUGCUGGAGCCCCGCCCUCCACGCUCCCUGUGAGCCAUUCCUGGGGAGAGUCUUUGGCGGGUACCGGCGACGGAACAGAGAAUGGAGGCAGAGGAGCAGGACGAGGAAGAGUUCCCACGGCUGACACAUGGGAGAUGGCGUUUGGAAACGGCGACGCAAACUUUUACGCUGAUGUCAUGUCAAAGACAAGACAGGAUCUUCGCACUCAAAACAAAGAGACCACUUCCUCUCCAGCAGAACUUCCAGAGUUCACCGAUCAGCCAAGUCAGCUGCAAGGUUUUUCGGUACACACCCGUCUCUCCAAAGGCCCGCGAGGCUUCGGCUUCAAUAUUGUUGGAGGAAGUCGAGCACGGGAGUUCCUGCAGGUGUACAGUGUCACGCCUGGAGGCCCGCCCACCCUCCACCAAGCUGACAUCCUGGUGUACAUCAAUGACACGUGUGUACUGGGCCGCUCACACAAAGAGGUCGUGGAGAUGCUCAAGUCAGUUCCAAUGGGCCAGAGCGUGGACGUGGUUCUGAGACGAGGGUACCCGAUGCUCUACAACCCAGACGGCUGUCCCAAACACUCAUUAGACACGCCACAGACUCCUCCAGCUAACCACCAGCGUGGACCGCUAACCUACAGCCAUGUGCAGGAUGCCAACAGCGGCGGGUCAGGACCAUCCUAUUCAGUAGAGCCAUUGACCAAUGGCAUAAUAGGUGCGCCAACUCCCACUUCCUCUGAAAUGUCCAUGGCCCACCCCCCACCUACCUCGGAGAGGAUGUCAUCCAAUCACAGCAACUCUGACGGGAGCACUCGGAGGUCUUCUGUGAUUGGAUACAACAGUAGCACCCUCCCUACCCGCUCCUCGUCCUCUUCCCUCCUCCACCAUCAGAGUUCAAAGUCCUCAGAGAGUGACCUGUCUACGUCUACCUUCCCCAUCGCAUCCUCAUCCAAACUGUGUGAGUCUUCGCCCCCUGGCGGCCCUGUGCAGCGUCCUCCGAUGCCGCAGACCUGCCUGCCCCCAACGCCACCCCGGGAGAUCCCACCUUGCGGCUUCAACGGAUGCCCAGCCAAUCACCAAGUGCCCCCUCAAACACCCCUCGGAAACACAGGCUUGGCACUCCCUUUGGGUACAGGGUCCUUUUCUGCUGGCGAGCUGGUGCCGGUAGCCCUGGAGCGCUGUGAAGGCGGCGGUCUGGGUUUCAGCAUAACUGCAGGAGGACCGGGAGGUCAACUAGCCGUAGUUAGGCGGGUCUGGGACCGCAGGCAGUGCCCCUCCCUGCAGCCGGGGGACGCUGUGGUCAAGAUCAACGGUGCUGAUGUGCAGAACUUCAACUUCUCUCAGGUCCAGAAGAUUCUGCAGGAUCACUCAAAACAGGGGAAUGUGGUUCUGCUGGUGCACAGGCGAGCUCCCGUCUCCGCACCUUUGGUCACGCCUAAUUUAUACAAGCCCCUCCCCUCUCCGCAUGGUCUCACAAGGGCCGCGUCCCACCCCUCCACUUCUACCGAUUUGCCUUCCCCGUCUUUGCGUGCCUUGGUGGGUGACGUGCCCCCACUCUGUCAGGCUGGUUUGGCGAUGGAAGCCCCACUUGAGGGGCACCGCCCAGUAGCAGGGACCCCUCCCAGCCAAACUCCCAAUGGGCCCCCCACCUCAGGCCUCAUCCAGAGCACUAGCUUCCUGGACUCUGUUCCCGUAACCUUAACCUUGGAGCCGCGUGACCUACAAGGUGUGGAGGAGAGUGUCGGGGGAUCAGUCAGGGGGGCCGUCGCCAAGGAAACCAGGGAAGGGAAGAAGGUAGAGGUGGAGCUGUCGAGGCGGCCCGGCGAAGGCUUCGGAUUUGUCAUCGCAUCCCAAGAAGUCAACCGUGGAGCUCCGUCCCAGUCCAUGAUGUCCCAUCGCUUUGUGACGGUGCGGCGCGGCAGCCCAGCGGCCCGCAGUGGCCUUAUCCAGCCCGGAGACCAGCUGGACGCCGUGGAGGGACGGCGUGUUGCCUCCCUGCACCACCGAGACCUUGCCCAGAUCCUGAGGAGAGCGGGGAACACGCUGAAGCUGAGUGUGACACCGCGAGCACCGUCAGAAGGAGCCGAUGUGGAAAUCGACAAGCACUUCACGAAGGGAUGCAGAGGGAGAGCUAAGAAUGAGUCCAGGUUCUACAGAGUGGAUCUGGAGCGAGGCCCAACAGGCUUCGGUUUCUCUUUAAGAGGGGGCAGUGAGUACAAUAUGGGACUCUAUGUGCUGGGACUGAUGGAUGGUGGACCAGCACAGUGCAGCAACAAGAUGCAGGUUUCGGACCAGCUUGUGGAGAUAAACGGGGACAGCACAGCAGGAAUGACGCACAGUCAGGCCGUGGAACAGAUCCGAAGAGGAGGCCAUCGGAUUCAUCUCGUCCUGAAGAAAGGAAACGGCUACGUCCCCGAUUACGGCCCUGAGAAAGAAUCCUCCUCAUCCUCCUCGCACACGGAGGAGCAGGAGGUUAAUGUGGUCACCGUGACGACCAGCUCCCACAGCCCCCAAAGGAGAAAGCGAGUAGGGGGAGCCAAACAGAGACCAAGACAAGGAAGAAGAAGAGGAGGAGGAGGUGAAGGAGUUGGGUCUCCUGAUUUGGACCUGGACCUUGUGGAGGAGGAAGCGAGAAGGCGAAGGAAGCAGCGGGAAGAGGAGAGGAAAAGAAGAAAGGAACAAGAGAGCAGGAUGAGAGAGGAGAAAACUGAGCGGGAGGAGGAUGCUAAGGAUUCUCAGCAAGCAGCAUUCUCCUUCCUGAUGCCCCGUGACGAGCGGCCAUCUGACAGCCAAUCCGAAAAGAGCCAAUCUGGCGCCAGCCAGUCAGGCGCCAGCGUGGUUUCUGAUUCAAGGCGAACCGGAGCAAAGCAGGAAGCGGUACAGGGCCUACCUUGGCUAGAGCCCAGCCCACAGAGACUGACACAGGUUCUGAUUGGCAGUCGCCUUAGUGGGCGGGGCCAUUUAGGUGGCCUAGUGCUCUGA